AUGGCUGCUUCGAUCUCUACAUGUCUUCUUGGUUAUGCUCGGUGCACCAGUGUCGACGCCUGGCCUCUACCGCCCUUAUUUGGAGCUGUUCUGGGAUAUAUCGUAUCUUCUAUCACGGCUCUUACGGUUAGCGCUAUCAAGGCACUGGCGGAUGAUCAUAUUCAUUCACUCAAGGCGGAGUAA